GAGGCGAGGAGAGGUCUCGAGACGAGGCGUAUCGGCAGCUGAGCUUCCAAGCACGAGGCGUAUCGGCAGCUGCGGCGCGCUCCAUGGUCGUUUACGUGAUUCACAAGGAUCGGCGAGGUUGGAGUGGCGGCGACGCCAUGACGAGUAAGAAUCUCGUGCGUCUCUCCAGCGCCGUCGCGGCCACCGCCCCAGCCAUCCCAUCUUCCUCCUCCAGCGGCGGCGCUCUUUCACUCUCGCGCGGCAGAGUCUACCCGCUGCGCGCCACCUCGCUGCCGCCUCGAGCUUCCACCGUCUCCGCCACGUGCUGGGAGUCCCGCGCGCUGCGUAGCGACGCCGAGGACUGGGAGGAGGUAGUCGUCGCCGCCGGAGAUGCCAACGCGCCUAACGCUCUUCAGGAAGCGACGGAGGACCAUGGUGUCGUGUUCGGGGUUCCGCCCACGGACGACGAGGUCCGCGCCGCCGUCGCCAGCAUCAAACGGGUGUUUGAAAAGGCUCCUGCCGUGGACCCUGAAGCGGCUGAUCUACAAGCCCUCGCAUUGCCCAUUGCAGUGCACCCUUCGUCUGGGAUAUUUGUGAAUCAUUUUGCUCUGGAUUCUGAGGCGUCUGAGGUCGGACUGGAUGAAUGGACUGAACCUGCUAGGCUAGUUCUUAACUCAAGUGCUCUUUUGACAAAGGAACAUCGAAGUGUACUAGAUGCUUUCCAGCUAUUGCAUGAAGAUGCUUCUGUUCAGAAAAUGGUUAUGGCCUUGUCAACUGAUAAGGCUGUAUGGGAUGCUGUGAUGAACAACGAUGUUGUACAGGAAUUCAAGAGGUCCUUCCAAGAUGCCAAGGAAACCGAUCUCAAGAGAAGCUCUACUACUCCUCCUGGAUUUAUGAUGUGGGUCCUAGAAAAUACCCAGUCAAAGAUCAGGGAAUUCCUUGAAAAAAUACUUGGGCUUGUGAAUAUUCUUUUUCAAGCCGGAGACAAGAACUAUGAUUUCUCUGAUGAUAUAGUGAAGAUGUCAUUCAUGCUCUCAGUGUUCGUCUUCAUCGUGGUAACUAUAGCUCGUAUACGCUGAGCACAACAAUUCGUCGACUUCACAGUUUGAUGGUUUCUUAGUUGUGUGCAGGAUUAUUUCUACAAUUAGUCCUUUUCAGUAUGAUUAUCAUCUGUAAUAUUAUGUCUUAGUUCUCGAGUCUAGAAGUUGCUUUAUCAGUACUCUUGGUGGAAACUGUGGAAGCUUUAUAUGUUUACUGUGUGGGAUUGUUUUGAACGUGAUUACAUCCCUACAUAAUAUGAUCUGCCGCGUGCUUCAUGAACA